ACCUGAUCAGUGUUUGUUUUCAUCGGACAAUUUUGCCGGACGGACUGAUUUCCUUUACCCAGAAUCCACAGCGGGGCAAAUUUCCUUCCAAUUUCCGCCUCCGCUGAGAGCCGAAAUGGCCCCAACCAAGAAAGGAGAGAAGAAGAAGGGGCGUUCAGCCAUCAAUGAGGUGGUGACCAGAGAAUACACAAUCAACAUCCACAAGCGCAUUCAUGGAGUGAGUUUUAAGAAGAGAGCUCCACGUGCCAUCAAGGAGAUCCGCAAGUUUGCCGUGAAAGAAAUGGGAACCCCUGAUGUCCGCAUUGACACUCGUCUCAAUAAAGCAGUGUGGAGCAAGGGUGUGAGGAACGUGCCAUACAGGAUACGUGUACGGCUUUCCAGGAAGCGUAAUGAGGACGAGGACUCCCCUAACAAACUGUACACCCUGGUCACAUAUGUCCCUGUCACCACAUGCAAAGGGUUGCAGACAGUCAAUGUGGACGAAAACUAAAUUUGUUGUUUCUGCAAGUUGAAUAAAUUACUUAAAGAU